AUGUAAACUGAAGACAACUACAAAAAAUCUCUUAAAAAGCAGGGUAAAAUUGGUAAAUCAAUGAUCUCAGCUAUACACUCAUUUUUCAAUGAUGAAAACAGUAAAUAUGAAUAAGAGUAGGAGUAAUUUUUUUUAUCACAUAUGAACAAGUACACACUCAAAUUCUUUAACAGAAAUCUUGAAAAAUAAUAUCAGAAGAUAGAGUUUAAAAAUCAUUUUGCUUUUAUCAAAAAAAUGAUGUGGAUAAUAUGGUUGGUUUGCGGUUUUGCUAUUUUAAAGCUCCUCAUUAGAAAAGAAACUGAAUGGAGAGGAUAUGCCUAUUUUAUAGCAUGGCCAUUAUCAACUUUAAUAACUUAUUUCUUUUUGAAGAUAAAAUUGAAUUAAUUCACUUUGAUUCAUACAAUCAAUAUUUUUAUAGUGAUAUCAUUAAUCAAUUGGACUUUACAUGAUCCCGAUUGCAAAAGAGUCGUACAUGCUGACACAAUGUCUCCGUUUGUGAGAGGGUUUAUGUUCGCUUAAGGUGCUUACUAAUACAUUACUGGUACUCACUUUCCCUCUAUGGCAGCCAUGGUCUUAUAUAUUUAUUUCUCUUUUAUCUUUAGCUCAUCAUCUGAAACUUAUUUAUCUAACAUUAUUUCACUGUUUCCCUACUCUCUGUUAUUGAUAUACAAAAUUUAUUACAUCGAGAAGUAGAAAAGAAUUACUUUUUUAUUAUAAGUAUAAGAAAGGAAUUGGUCUAAUAUCAUGCACAAAGUCCUACCUACAAGCUUAAUGAUUCUAAGAGAUAAUGAAAAGGAAGAAAGAAUAGAAUUACAUAAGGCUAACAACAGAGCAGUGAAAGAAUUUAAAGUAGGAGGCCAUCAACAUUUUAAAAAUAUUUCAGAAAGAAUGUACAUUUUGUAGGAUUAAGUUGGUUAGCCUUUGACAUUAAAUAAUUAACCAGAUUCAAAUCAAUAACAUCUAUAAAAACAUAAGCUAACUUAUAAAGAAAGUUGGGACAAUACCCUUUAUGCAAAACUUAAAAAAAAUGCAAUUAUACUCCGACCAAUAUUCAAUCCAGGGUAGAACUAGAAUGCCAAAAAAAAGCAACAAGAAGAAAGCUUAAGAGUAUUUCGUUAGCUAUAUCAAAAUUCAUUAGAAGUAAAUGCUGCAACUCCUCUUCCUUAGUAAUAAAAUGAAGUAAAAGAAACUUUUGGAAAUUCUCAAGAUUAAGACCAAAACUAGUCUGAAAAAAAUGUAAAGCAGAAUUUUGGAUAUGAAAAUUAAGUAAGUCAAGUGGCUCAAUCAAGUCUGCUUUUAAAGGAUAGUGAUACCUUAAUUGAAAAUAUAAAAGUAAUCUUUAAAGAAGAAGGAGUAAGCGAUGAAAAAGAAUAAUAAAUUCUAAGUAUAAGAAUCAAUUAUUUUUACUUGAAUGAUUUAUAUAUAGCAAUAACGAUUAAGGAUUAAUCUUACAAAGACAAAUUUAAAGCUUAGGAAAGAGAAACUUAAUUCAUUUAAAAUUUUGCAAGACAAUCAAUAAACAAAACCAUAAAUUUUAUAAAAUACCCACCUGUGACUCCUGAUUUAAAUAAGGUUUAAAAAUUCAUAAACUGUAUUUUGAUUAAUUAGUUAUCAAAUUAGCUUGAAUUCGUAAAAAGUAUUCAAUCUUUUCCUCAAACACAAUCUCAAAAAAAUGUAAUAAACAAAAGUAGCUUCGAUCUCUAAAAUCUCAUUUUAAGUAUUUUUGAGAUACUUUCACCUUAUGCAAGGGAAAAAUAAAUACAAUUACUAUUAAAAAACGAAGAUUCAAUAAAUAUAAUUAACUAAGAUAAAUACAAGCUUUGCUAAGUUUUAACAAGUCUCAUUUUCAAUUCUCUUCUUUACUCAAAAGGAAAAGGCUCUGUAGCAAUUGAAAUAAACAAAGACUAGAACGAUGAAAAAAUAAUUUAAUUUAAAAUCAGAAAUGAAUAGAGUUAGAAAGAGGAAAUAUCUCCAAGAUUAAAUGACUCUGUUGAACAACCAAACUUCCCACCACCAUUUCCUCCAGUUAUAUUUUCUCCAAUAUCUUCUGAAUUAUCAAAUAUUAAUGUAACCAACCAAACACAUGAGAGUGCUUUUGAAUCUAAAUUAAGUAUGAAUCUUAAAUAAAAUUCAUAAAUGGAACUAAACACUCCAUACAACUAGCUAAAACCAACUAUCUAAAGAUUUUCUUAAACCAGUUAGUAUACUUAAAAUUUUAUAGAAAUUGAAGCUUCAGAAAAUCCAAACAUAUAAAAUAAAGAAAAUUUAAUUGAUGGAAAAAUAAAAGCACCUUCUUUUAUUUCUUCAAGCUCUACCUCUCAAAAUAGUUAAAAAUUUGUAUAAAAUGUAAGGUUUACGAAAGAUUCCAUCUUCAAGGAAACCAUAAAAGGAGAUGGAGCUAAAUUAGGAUAAAAAAUAUCUACCAAGCUUAUUUAAAUUAUAGGACCUUCAAACACAAUUAGAGUUGAGUCUUCAAAUGAUUAAUAUUCAGUGACAUUUAAAAUUUAUCAGGACAUAGGAAUAUUAACUUAAAUCCUCCAUAAUCCAAGAAAUAGUAAAAAAUAAUUUUCUCUUAUCUAGAUUCCUUAAUCUCUUCCAAGAUCAUUUUCUUUAAUUAAUCAAAAAAAAAAUAAUACACCAAAUAAAUGA